AGGGCCCUAAUCACAGGCCAACCGCCAACCUCCCAAUACCAUAUGCGUUGAGAGCACUUGUCAGUCUGUGGGAGGGGGGAGAUUAACAAAAGAUUCUCACUUCAUAUUCAUAUCUUGAUUAUUUAUUUCAUCUUCCUUGAUUGUUACUUGGCAACUAAUUAAGGUAAGGAGGUAAGCUUUUAUAUCACUCUCGACUCUUCAUCAUUCACUCAUCCGAACAAAAAAAGAAGAAGAAAUGGUUAAGAAGCAAGAGUUCUUGGAGCAAAAUGGAGUCGGUGAACUCCUCAACAAGGAGGUCUCUCGCUCCGAUUUCCCUCCUAAUUUCGUCUUUGGAACCGCUACUUCUGCCUAUCAGAUUGAAGGGGCCUGGCAAACGGAUGGUAAGGGUCCGAGUAUAUGGGAUGCUUUUACACAUAUUGAAGGAAAAGUUCUCGACAAAAAGACUGGUGAUGUUGCAGUGGAUCAUUAUCACCGAUAUAAGGAAGAUAUUGACCUUAUAGCCAAGCUUGGAUUUGAUGCUUAUCGAUUUUCCAUAUCGUGGUCCCGUAUCUUCCCUGAUGGUUUGGGAGCCAAAGUCAAUGAGGAAGGAAUUACUUUCUACAACAACAUUAUUGAUUCUCUUCUUGAAAAGGGUAUUCAGCCCUAUAUAACUCUAUACCAUUGGGAUCUUCCCCUGCAUCUUCAAGAGUCAUUAGGAGGGUGGUUAAAUAAGCAAAUUAUAGAGUACUUUGCAAUCUAUGCCGAGGCUUGCUUUGCGAGUUUUGGUGAUAGAGUUAAGAACUGGAUUACAAUCAAUGAGCCCCUCCAGACUGCAGUGAAUGGACAUGAUACUGGAAUAUUUGCUCCCGGAAGAAAUGAACAAUCAUCCACAGAACCAUAUGUUGUUGCUCACUACCAAAUCUUGGCUCAUGCGGCUGCUGUUUCCAUAUACCGGAGGAAGUACCAGGACAAGCAAGGGGGGCAAAUAGGUUUGGUGGUAGACUGUGAAUGGGCAGAGGCAAAUUCGGAUAAAAUUGAAGAUAAAAAUGCUGCAGCAAGGCGUCUUGAUUUUCAGCUUGGAUGGUUCUUGGAUCCUUUAUACUUCGGAGAUUAUCCUCAAUCUAUGCGUGAACAACUUGGAGAUAAACUUCCGAAAUUCUCACAGGAAGAUAAGGAAUUGCUUAGGAACUCAAUUGACUUUGUAGGUCUGAAUCAUUAUACCACAAGGUUUAUUGCUCAUGCAACAGAAAGUCCAGAGGAAUUUUCUUUUUAUAAGGCACAACAAAUGGAGAGAAUCGUUGAAUGGGAAGGGGGUGAGCCAAUUGGUGAGAAGGCAGGAUCACCGUGGCUUUAUGUAGUUCCUUGGGGAAUCCGGAAGACUCUCAGUCAGAUUGCACAGAGAUACAACAAUCCCCCAGUAUAUGUCACUGAAAAUGGCAUGGAUGACGAAGACAAUGAUUCUGCCUCACUUCAUGAGAUGUUGGAUGACAAAAUGAGAGUCAAUUACUUUAAGACAUACCUUGCUGCAAUUGCUCAGGCAGUCAAGGACGGAGCGGAUGUGAGAGGAUACUUUGCAUGGUCAUUAUUGGACAACUUUGAGUGGGAUAGAGGUUAUACCAAACGUUUUGGUUUAAUCUAUGUUGACUAUAAGAAUGGACUCGCUCGACACCCAAAAUCUUCUGCUUACUGGUUCGCACGGUUCCUCAAAGCUGUUGAAGGGAAAUAUGGGAAAGAAGAGUAGUAGUAACGCUUGCAUCAUCACUUGCAUGAUAUCAAGUCUCUGCUAUGGAUGUGUGUGGCCUUGCCAAGAUUUAAAGGUCUGCCUUUUGUCCUUACUAAUUCUGGCUGUUAUAAAUCUAUAUUUCACUGGAAGUUGCUUCAUGAAGCAAUAUGUUUAUGGUCCCAAGUCGAGGGGUCUGUUUCGACUCUUGAUUUCUGUAAAAUUUGAGAGGUCAUAACUCUCUGCAAUGCUUGUUCCAUUAUUAAAUUACUUACACACCCAA